AUGAAAGAAAUUUUUGAUGAAAUUUAUCCUCAGUACAGUAUUGUUCAACAGUCUAUCGCUGUCUUUUAUUCUGAAAAUCCUGAAAACAACGACGAACAAUUUAAUAGAGCCAUAGAAGAAAUUUGUAACAUUAUAGUCUCUUACGAUAUGGGCUGGAGUAAAAGAGGGAAUGGCCGGAGUUACAACAGCCUAAAUGGUUAUGGCUCUAUUAUAGGAUUUCUUAGCGGAAAAAUUUUGGAUUACGGAGUUCGGAAUCGGAAAUGCACACUUUGCAACAAGGGUCACGCAAAGAGUGAUCAUGAUUGUCGGAAAAACCACGAAGGAAGUGCUAAAGCUAUGGAGGCGAGUGUUAGAGUUCAACUCGUAAAUGGAAGCAAAAUUUUAGAUGAAGAGGGACUAAAAGUACGAGUUCUGAUAGGUGAUGAGGAUAGUUCGACAAUAGCUGGAAUUCGUCGAGGAAAUUCAGAUCACAUUUUUAAACUUGCCGAUACAAACCACAUAAAUAAACAUUUUAAUGGCGAUAUUAUGGAAUUAAAAAGUAAAUUUAAAGAAAUGAAAACGGAAACUGUUCGUCACAUCAAAAAAUGUUUUGGUUACGCUGUUCAUCAAAACAAAGGUAAAGCUAAAGAAUUAGCAGAUACUCUUCGAUCAAUCCCAGAUCAUUUGUUUAAUCGUCAUGAAAAAUGCGGUUCUUGGUGUAAGCGUGAUUUGAAGCCGCAAAAAAUAAUACUUCAAGAUUCGAAAUUGUAUAAGGUUUUAGAAAAUAUAUUCAUCAAGUAUGCGAACAAUGCCUCAAAGUUUUCUGUUGCAGCUUCCAGCCAAGGAAAUGAGAGUUUUCAUAAUAUUGUAGCUCAUAAAUCUCCAAAAAAUCAUUCCUACAGCUUGUCAGAAUCAUGCAGCUACCGUGUAGCAAGUGCGGUUGCGACAAAAAACGAGGGAGAUAGUCAUUUGCUAAAUGUAAAAGAAAAGCUGUCAUUAUCUCCAGGAAAACAUACAUCUGCUUUUGUUACCAAAAAGGACGAAGUAAGAAAGAAAAGGGCAAUAAAAGCGAAAUUGCCUGCAACUAAAAGACGAAGAAUUUCAUUACAUGCAUCUACAGAAUCAUCAAGGAAACGAAAUGAAAGACAGGAAGGAAUUCAGUAUCAACCAAAUUGCGGGCUUGAAGUUGAUUUUGAAAGACCUCACAUUGUUCUGGACCCUCUAAUUGUAAAAAAUAAACUGCAAAAUAAUCCUAUUUCAGUGGAACAUUGUAAUUUAGUUUACUUCGACUUAGAAACUUCUGGUUUGUCAAAACAAUCAGACAUUUUACAAAUAGCUGCAAAAUGUGGAGAAAAAUCCUUCGAAACCUACAUAAAUCCAACACAACCUGUAACUCCUGAAGCCUUUAAAAUUACAGGUUUGGAGAACAUUAAUGGAGAUUUAUUUUUGUAUGGCAAACCACUAACAUCUAUCCCAUUGAAACAAGCGUUAAUUAAAUUUCAACAGUUUUUGACAGAGUUGAAUCCGUGCGUAUUGGUUGCUCACAAUGCAAAAUUUGAUGUUUCUUAUUUUCUCCAAGCAGUAACUACGUCAUCUAUGAUAGAAAACUUUGAUGGUAUUGUGGGAUUUUCGGAUUCUCUAACUUUGUUUAAAAAAGCUUUUCCGGAUCGAAAAGGUUUAAACAUGUUUAAACUAGAAAAAUUAGCCGAAGAUUUUUUGCAAGAAAAAUUAGAAAGUUUUCACGAAGCAUGUUAUGAUGUGAAAAUACUCGAAAAACUAUCAUCUAGUUUUCUAAACAAAAAAGAUUUAAUAAAUAAUUGCACCAGUUACACCGAUAGUGUAAUAAAAAGUAUUACCUUGCCAUCUCUAAAACCUUUGAAAAAAGUGAUAUCUGAUAUUAUUAUAAAAAAAAUUGCAACAGAAGAAAUAACAUUCGAAAACCUUUUAAAAGUUAAGGCUGACUUUGGUACGACAGGAGUUAUUCAAUUAUUUAAAGAAAAAAAGUCAAACGGAAAACCAAAAAUUACGGGCGAUAUAAGAGUUUUAAAUAAGAUUAGUCACUUUUUUAAUAAAUACUAA